CGGAAAUCCAUCGCUGCGGACGUACAAAGCUGCGGUGCGCAUAUUUGAGUAGAGUUGCGCAAGCAUGUACGGCGGCAACAACGGAGGCGGCGCGCCGCCGCAAUGGCCCUCCCGCAAACCAGCAGCCAAGAAGGCGCCCGCUCUACGCAUCACGAACAUCUCUAGCGGCGCGACCGAACUCCGCAUGCCAGCGGCGCCGCCGAGGAAGCCAGCAGCGAAGAAACCGGCCGCCAAGCGCCAGGCGUCGCCGCCGCCCGCCCCGCCGCCUCCAAGGCAGAUCGAGAACCCCAAUAAAAUCGCGAAAUGGACCGGCACGUGCGAGAACACGAGAAUCCAGUUCCCCUUCGAGCCCUACGAGUGCCAGCUCGACUUCAUGUCCAAGACGCUAGAAGCCGUCGCCACGAAGCAGACGGCUCUCCUGGAAUCGCCGACGGGCACGGGCAAAACGCUUUGUCUGUUGACCGCGACGUUGGCCUACUCCUUACCGCGAUCCUCAGAACUGGAGAAGCCUACCGUAGUAUAUGCGUCAAGAACCCAUGCGCAGCUAUCCCAGGCCGUGAAAGCUUUACGAAGUACGGUCUACCAGCCGAAGGUGGCCGUCGUCGGUAGUAGGGAGCAUUUAUGUGGCCACCCCCGCGUGUCGAAGCUGAGAGGCACGGCGCAGAACCGAGCGUGCUCUGCUUUAUGUGCUCGGAGAGCUUGUCAUUUAAGGAACGAGCUAGACCGGCAGCAAAAGGCCUCAAGGAACGCUGAUCAGAACGGGCAAGCCUUAGACAUCGAAGAAUUAGUCUCGGACGCCUCAAGACGAGGGACUUGUGCCUACUACGGUGCUAGGCACUCGCUGAAGGAGGCGGACUUGAUCUUCGCGCCCUACAACUACGUGCUCGACGAGCGCCAUCGCAACACGUCAGGUGUUAAUUGGCGCGGGUCCAUUGUUGUUCUGGACGAGGCCCAUAAUGUGGCUUCUGUGGCCGAGGACGCGGCGUCCUUUUCUAUCACCAGUGUCGAUUUAGCUGGCGCGUUGCAGGAGCUGGACCGCGCCGUCUCUGCCGCCCCGCGGCAGGAGCUCGCUUCGAACGUUGACGGCGGCGAAGGUCUUCAGAUAGGCGAGGACGAGCUGCUGUCGUUGAAACGUAUUAUUCUGGGAUUAGAAGAUGCUUUAAUGAAUACGAAACACUUAGAGGAGAAGGGCGGUGCUCUACACGAAAAAAUCUUGACGCCGGCGGGUCUGACCUGUGCGGCCGCAGGCGCGUGGUUCGCCGACGCCUGUAAAAGAGCUGGUGAUGUUGUCCAGGCGGACGCUCGUGGUACAGGUAACGCGGCGCCCAAGUUGGAACUCUUGGAGAGGGCUUGCGUGCUGGCGUUCCGCGGAGACGCUCAAUGCAAAGCAUUGGCAGAUGACCACUACCGCAUCAGAAUAGCGACGGACCAAGAAGAAGUGAAGCUGGACUACUGGUGCUUCUCGCCCGCUUUAGCGUUGCAAGAUCUGCGCAGUCUAGGCGUAUCUUCCGUACUAUGUGCGUCGGGCACGCUCUCACCCCUCCCUUCGUUUGCGGGAGAACUAGGAUUACAAACAUACGUCGGCUUGCAGAACCCCCACGUCGUCGACGCGGAGAAGGAUUUAUUGUGUGCUGUUGUUGGUUCCGGGCCCAGCAACGUAGCUCUCAAAUCUACUUAUAGUGAGAGAAGAACAAUAGGCUACAAGCAGGAGCUCGGCUUGACCAUUUGUCAAGCGGCGGAACAGUUAGAUCGAGGUGGGUUACUUGUGUUCUUUCCCUCGUACCCCGCGUUGAAUGACGCGGUCGAGCACUGGCGGGGCUCGUCCCUGUGGUCGCGGCUGGAACGGGGUCGAGCUGUUGUUGUCGAACCUAGAAAAGCCAAGGACAUGCGGACGGUCGCCGUGCAAUUUCAACGAGCGGCCUCUACGACGUGUGCCGUGCUGUUGGCCGUGUGUCGAGGGAAAGCUUCAGAAGGCAUGGACUUUAGCGACGACCAGUGUCGCGUGGUGAUCGUCACGGGCGUGCCCUACGCGCCGCCCGACGACCCGCGCGUGAAGGCGAAGAGGCGUUUUUUAGAUGACAAAAGGCGCACGGGCGACAAGAAACUACUGUUAUCGGGCGACGCCUGGUACGAGCAGCAGGCGUGCCGCGCCGUGAACCAGGCGGUUGGUAGGUGUUUGCGCCAUGCUAAAGAUUGGGGCGCCGUGCUGUUGGCUGACUCUAGAUUUGCCGAUGCGGGGCGCCGGAAGAAUCUACCGGCGUGGCUGAGGCAUGAAAUAAGACAGCCCGCGCCGUUUCGGGACGUGGCGGCGCAUCUGCGGUCGUUCAUCGACGAGCACCACGGUCGUAAGCCAGCGCCAAAGGCCUCGGAGAAGGCGUCGUCGGCCUUCGGGCUGAGUUCCUCUUCUAGAGCGUCUGCCGCACCCGUUGUGAAGACAGAAGACGCCUUCGACGCACUCGGGAAACUACAAAAGCAGGUCCGCAAGGCCCCUGCUACCGUGUCGGACCCUCGAGUUUCCGCGUUCCUGGCCAAACGAACUAAAGUAGAGCAGCCCCCGGCGAAGACGCUGCGGCGCGAGGCGCCUUUGGUGGAGAGGAAGCCUUCGCUACCGAAGAAGAAAGCAUUACCCGUCGUGAAGCGGGCGCCCGUCGCGUUUCCCGCCACAUCUUCUGGAACAAGGGUCAAGGACGCGGUCGCGGCCUUUCCGAGUCGUAAACAAGAGAGCGUCGCCGCGCAACUCAUGAAGGAGUCCGAGCCGCUGCGCGAUCCGGAAAUCAGCGAUGCGGACGCAGCUACGGCUAUAAAGCGCCUCGCGCGCAUACCCGCUUCGCUAGACGCGCUGCGCGAGUCCAAGGCCGGGCGGCGCCUCGCGACCUACGUACGUAGAGUAGAUGGCGCGUGCCCGGCGGCGGAGCGGUUAUUGGAACGGUGGAAGGCCCUCGCAAAGCCGGCCGACGACGACGAAGGCUACGCGGACGUUGCGAGCGCCGAGGCAGGGGCACGAGCGGAGGAGCGGGCGCGGCGGCACCUCGACGACUACCUCGGGCGCGCGCCGAUCCCUGCGCCGGCGCCUCAACAACCGAAGCCGUCGCGGCCGCCGCCCGCGGGCGUCGGGACGUCGAAACGCGCGCGCAUGCUACUUUCUUAUACUAAUGUUUAG